AUGCAGCGGCUAUUGAGAGAGCUUCAGGAACGAGAAAAAAAUUCUGAAAGGCAGCUGAGGGAGUUUCAACAACGUGAAGAAAAUUCUCAGAGGCAGCUGAGGGAGUUUCAACAACGUGAAGAAAAUUCCCAGAGGCAGCUGGUGGAGUUGCAGCGGCAACUGAGGGAGAUAGGACAGCAGUUGACCAAUUGCCGAGGACAAGUUUCUGAACUACAGUUAAGUCUUUCAACAGCACAGAAAACUAUAAAUCAAUUGCAGAACCAGGAAACACGUGACUGGGUUAUUCCCCGGGACGAAAUUCAAAUCACAGAGAACUACCUUGGGAGGGGAGGAUGGGGAAUUGUCAAUGAGGGAACGUAUUGUGGCUGUACCGUCGCAGUGAAACAGAUCCAUGAGUUGAUUCUUUCUCCUCAUAACAUAAAUCUGUUUGAAAGAGAAAUGAAUAUCGCUUCUAAAUGCCGCCAUCCUCACUUACUACAGUUCAUCGGCGCCACGAAAGAUGAGGGAACUCCUCUGUUUGUGACCGAGCUGAUGGAGAAAAGUCUGCGCACUUUGUUGGAGCAGCGGCAACUCUCCGAGACAGAAAUAGCCGUCAUUUCUCUGGAUGUAGCACGUGCCCUGAACUACCUUCAUAGAAAGAAACCAGAGCCUAUCAUUCACCGUGUCGUCAGCAGUGCGAAUGUGUUGCUAGGGCGACAGGGUGACCAAUGGAGAGGCAAAGUGUCAGAUUAUGGCACUGCUAAUUUCAUGCAGCAGACCAUGACAGUGGCUCCUGGAGCUAUGAUUUACAGCGGACCUGAAGCACUUACAUCAAACCAAACAGUCAAGGUAAGUUUUAGUCACUGUUCAAGGCUGUUAACAUUAACAUAAGAAUUAAGUGACCCUUACCCGUGCAUCGUAUCGGUCGUGGUUUCUUCUUUCCAUUGUCAUCGUCGGGGAUUACGGAAGAAGUGGCUGCGUUAGUUUGUUGGCUUUAUAAUGGCACAAUGUUAUGUUUUGUUGUUUUUUUUUUUUUCAAGCGGAGUAGAAAACUGUUGUGCCUGUUUAGCUUCUUCAGUUAUCCAACGGACAGUUUUAUUGGAAAGUGUCCUGUUGAAUUUCUCGUUUUAUAAGAUACCUGUAGAUCUGUUCAAAAUUUGUCAAAUAUCUGCCAUUUUUGGCGGUGAUUUUGCCACUACAGCGUAUAUUUAGCUCAUUGUUUAAAAUUAACCAAAUCCAUCGGUGUACACCCAAAUCUGGUCUUAAUUGUGCUCUUUAACGGCGAAAUUUCAAUCAUCCCUUCUAUGAGCUCCCUCGGGCUCUGACCGCAUUUUCGCGCGCUCGAAUUCUCCCCCUCCCUACCCUUGUAAGUUAUCAGUCAACCUCAUUUAGACCAUCUCAUUAGUGAAUUGGUUCUGGUGCAGCUUUAAGAUGUUUAGUCACUGCAACAUGUAGAUCAUGAUAUAAAUAACGAGACGCCUAAAAGUUGUCCCCGUGGGAAUGCAUUGGUGUAUACCGGCAUAAAAUACCUUUUGAUAAAGGUUGGAAAAACGUUGUUUUAAAAGGGUUUUUUUCUGGCUGCGUACAGUCCCCGUAUAAUCGCUAUUUUUGCUCUAAAUUCCGCUCAUAGGUUCUCAUAUUAACGAGCUUUUGUACCUCCAAAUGGAACUCAGUGUUUAUCGGCAACUGUAAUUUUCCUGCUUGUCUUGGCAAACUCAGUUUCGCUGUGAUGAACAACUGCCCCGAAUAAUGUCCCUGCAAUGAAAACGUAGCCUGCGUUGCAGACGUAACGUAACCAAACCCCGGCAAGAAACGUCAAGAAGCGUUCUGGGCCGCCCGUACCAGGAUUUUAGUACGCGCCAUGAUUGGCCUGUUAAAGAAGCCAUUGCUAAUUCGCCAAUCAUAUUGAAUGGAAAUUCGAAACACACUUCCGGUAACUCGUUGAAUCCCGUAGGGGUUCAGAACAAGGAUCUCACCGCUGCUUCGCAGACGUUACUAACCGGGGUUAGAUUACGUUGGCGAUUUGGGCUAUGAAAACCAAACCUCGUUGGAUUUUUACUAACUGCAGCAGGGUUAGCUCAGUCUGUAGAGCGCUUGACUGCAGAGCGGGAGGUCGCGGGUUCCAUUCCUGGGGCCGGACCAUUACUCAGGGUCUUAAAAUAAAAUAAAUAAAUACUCCCUUUGCACUGCAGGCGGCUAGACCUUGGGGUGUCUUGGAUGACCACGUGAGAUGGCGGUCCUGUCUCCAGUUGGAGACGUUAAAAUAGUGUCCUCAAUUAGUACUUUCGUGCUAAAUACCUUGACACUCAAAUAAAGUGCAUUGUUUUAAAACAAUAUUGACUUCCUCAAAUUAUGUUUUAUUGUUGUUAGGUUGACGUCUACAGUUGGUGCUCUUCUUUGCGAAAUGUGCAUGAGAGAACUUCCAGAUCCUCAAAGGCGUAACGAACAAGUGUUGCUUAUAAGAAAGAAAGAAAGAAAGAAAGAAAGAAAGAAAAAGAGAGAAAGAGAAGAAAAAGAGCACUACGCGCAGUUUUCCUAGAUAAGCAAUCAAGCUACCAAGCAUUGCUGGACAAAAGUGACCUAACGACUCUUCAGAACAGAAGACUGCAAGAUAUUGCUAUCCUUAUGUAUAAGGUGAAACACAAACUAUGCCCCAUCAAAAUAUCCGAGCUAUUUCACGCGCAUUGCGCACCCUACAACUUGAGGACGGCAGAGUUCGCCAUUCCCAGAUUUAGGACCAAUAAAUAUGGUAAACACUCGCUCACCUACCUGGGACAAAAGUUGUGGAAUAAGCUACCAAGCGAAAUCAGAACUCCCCCAUCAUUAUUUAGGUUCAAAAAUUGUAUUCGUAAAUUUGAUCUAGGUGUAAUGAUAGACGACGACAAUUGCUCCAAUUCGAUCCUUUGUAAUUCUUAAUCUUUUUAAAUCAAUUAUUUCAUUAGUUGAUAGUUAGUAGGUUUUUAACUAUAUUAUAUUGUUAGGUAACUAUAUUAUAUUGUUAGGUGUCCCCAGUUAGUAGAGGGGUUCUUCACCCCAUCGGCUAGACAUUCCAAGACACAUUAAUAAAGUUUUAUGUAUGUAUGUAUAUAUAACGAACGGUGUGUUUCGUGGACUUGUGCGGCGAUGCCUGCAGAGAGAGCCUGGGGCGAGACCAACAAUGCAGGAGAUAAUCGAUGAACUGAAAGACUUCGAUCCAACUUCUUAA